AUGAAAGGGGCAGGUGUUGUUAAGAAGAAAGCCCAGGUUUUUAACGACGCUGGUGAGGCCGUAGAAAUCGUCGGAGAAAGCCGGAAAAGAAGCAGCGACGGUGGGUUCGCCAGUGACGACGGCGGUGGCGGAGGUGGAGGUGGGAGUGGAGAGUCGAUUCUUCGCGAGAUGGGUGAUGAUAGGCGUACGGAGGAUGGGGAAGAAGAAGAAGACGACGAGGAUGAAGACGAUGGUGGGGAUGAGGAAGAAGUGGAAGGAGAAGACGGAGCUCAAGAGGAAAGGCCUAAGCUUGAUGAAGGCUAUUUCGAAAUCGAAGCUAUUCGUCGUAAGAGAAUUAGAAAAGGAAAGGUCCAGUAUCUAAUUAAGUGGCGAGGGUGGCCCGAAACUGCCAACACAUGGGAGCCUCUAGAGAAUCUCCAGUCUAUUGCUGAUGUUAUAGAUGCAUUUGAAGGAAGUUUGAGACCAGGAAAGCCUGGGAGGAAGAGGAAACGCAAAUAUGCAGGUCCUCAUUCUCUGAUGAAGAAGAAGCAGCGUUUAACCUCUACGUCAAACGAUGCUGCUGAGAAAUCUGACUCUUCUAAUACAUCUCUCAACAACUCUAGCCUUCCUGAUGAUAUUCCUGGUCCAGUCGAUCUCAGUGGUUCGAGUCUACGAAAAGGAGACGGGGAAGCGAAGAAUGCUUAUGCAUCUAACCAAGUUGAAGCUAACAGCGGGAGUGUUGGGAUGGUGAGGGAAGUUGGUUUGGUUGAAGAGGAGAAAGAAUACGAUCCGACACUCAACGAGCUAAGAGGACCUGUCAAUAACAGUAACGGUGUAGCAGGAGGUUCACAAGUAGGAGGCGUUGGUUCUGAAGGUGAUAAUGUAAGACCAGCCAAUGGACUUCUCAAGGUUUAUCCUAAGGACCUUGAUAAGAACAGUCGUUUCAUUGGUGCUAAGCGGAGGAAGUCUGGCUCUGUGAAAAGAUUCAAACAAGACGCGUCAACUAGUAACAACCACACAACAGUUAUGGAUCAUCAGAAUGUGGCACCGGAAUUGACUACGUUGGACUCGUUUGGUAGAAUUGCAAGGAUAGGGGAUGAGUAUCCUGUUAUGGAUCAUCAGAAUGUGGCACCGGAAUUGACUACGUUGGACUCGUUUGGUAGAAUUGCAAGGAUAGGGGAUGAGUAUCCUGGUGUGUCGGAGAACAAUAAUGGGGCUCAGAAAAGCAAGAUGGAGGAGUUGGACAUCACAAAGAUCCUUAAACCGAUGAGCUUUUCAACAUGUUUAAUAAACAAUGUCCAAGGUGCAAUGGUGACCUUUUUGGCGCUGAGGUCUGAUGGGAAGGAAGUGAUGGUGGACAACAGAUUUCUCAAGGCUCACAAUCCUCUUCUGCUGAUUGAUUUCUACGAGCAACAUCUCAAGUACAAUCCCACAGCUUGA